AUGGGUUAUUAUUCAGGCUCUCAACAUCAACAUAAUAAAUACCUAAAUAACGCAAAUAAUAAUAGUAAUAAUAAUAACUCCCAACCUUCAACACCAGAACAACAGACUAUGAAUUAUGACGACCAAACAAAUGAUGCUCUAACACAGGCAAAACUUUCGAUAGCAACCGAAAACUUGGGACUCGUUUCACCCACAUUAUAUUCACCUCUUAGUUCACCCACACCAGUAUCACUUAAAUCUCUAUCAAAUCCUCUCACAACCAUAUUAUCUGACGAAAAUUGGAUUCAUAUUCUAUCAUUCCUAGAUUCAAGAUCACUUUUAAAUCUAUCAGAAACAUGUCAUUAUUUUUACUAUAUAUCAAAUGAUAAAUUUUUAUGGGAAGAAUUAUUAAAAAAUGAAAGAGGAGAUGUAUUAAUCUUACCACCAAACUCUGAAUUAAAUAAUGCAAAGUUUGUUUACAAGAAUAGAAGAGAUUUUACAACGAUAACAGAGGCACUAUCAAACUUGACAGACGACAAACGAGAGAUCAUUCUCAUUAGACCCGGUACCUACAAGGAAAAUUUAGUCAUCAACAAACCAGUCGAUAUCAUUGGCGAAGGAUUAAACACUGAUGUAUUGAUUGAAUCUGGUACCUCGAAUACUGUCUCAAUCUCUGCACCCUAUGGAUCGUUGACAAAUGUCUCUACCAAACAGACUGGCCAUUGGUUUUGCAUAGACAUUGAAAAGGGAGGCUUUACAAUCAACAAGUGUGACAUUACCAAUACCACAUUGUCUGCCGUCAAGAUUGGCAAAGAAGCAUCACCAUGGAUCUCUGACAAUAUCAUUCACGAUUGCAAGGAAGCAGGUAUAGCUAUAUUUGGUGGUGAAGGUACUAUUAUUGGAAAUCGUUUUACUCGCAACCGUUAUGGCUCGAUCGAGGUCGUCUAUUCAACUGCCAAGCCAACCAUCAAAUUGAAUCGUAUCUAUCGCAACAAGGGAUAUGGUAUUCAUUGUCAUACAAACUCUGCAGGUGUCAUCUCUGAAAACAUUAUCGAGGAGAAUGAAAGUGAUGGUAUUAGCUGUUGGGGUGGAGCCAGUCCUGUAGUAUCAAACAACAAGAUAUGCAACAAUUUGGAAGAUGGUAUCUACAUUCACGAAGAUGGAAAAGGUAUCUAUGAACACAACCAAAUAUUUGGCCAAAAACUCGAUGGUAUUCGUAUCAGCAAGUCAAAUCCUCAAAUAUCAAACAACACCAUUCAUCACAACCAAGGUGAUGGUAUUCGACUAGUCAUCAAGGCCAACCCUGUCAUCACAGAGAACCACAUUUGCGAAAACAAACGUGUCGGCAUCCACAUUUACCGUGAGGGCAUGGGUAUCAUCUCCAACAACUACAUCUAUGGCAAUAGAAAUGCAGGUAUGCAAGUCUAUAGUCGUGCCAAUGCAACCAUCACCAACAACAAAAUUAUACAAAACCGUUGCUCGGGUAUUUAUGUUUCUGACCACGCCAUUGUCAACAUUCGCUCAAACGAGAUAUCCAAUAAUGGAGAAGUUGGUAUUGAAAUUGUAUCUGGUGCCAAGGCUCUUUGCUUUGACAACAAUCUAAUCAAUCGUAAUUGGGAAGCUGGUCUUGCCUACUACUCUGACUCGAAACCGUUGGGUUUUGAAACCAACAACAACUUUACUGGUAAUGGUUCGGAAGGAUCUCAACAAUAUGUUAUGCGCGAGGGAAGAGAACUCAUGUCAAUUCAACAAUAUAACCGCGCCAUUUCUCAGCCUCGUGGUCGUGGAAGCAACGAAGAACUGGAACCAAUUUCAUUUUUGGUAGAAAAUGCUCUUCAAGUUGGUCUAUGUACUUUGAGCUACACAAGAGAAUAUUACCACGCACAAUAUUGGUACGAAUGCAGAACUUGUAGUGAACCAAGAAAGAUCCUUGGUCGUAGCGAAAUUGCGGUAUGUGAAGAAUGUGCAAAGAAAUGUCAUGCCGGUCACGACAUUGGUCUCAGAAAAUAUGGACAUUUCUAUUGCGACUGUGGACAACAAGUAGCCAAUCCAUGUAAAUGUAUAUCAUACAAGAGUCGUCCAAUGAAUCCCCACAACAAUCUAUUGAUUAACCCACAUUCAAGCAACACUACAACAACAACAACAAACGGGCAAAACCAACAAGGACAACAAAACAACCCACUUACAAAUUACCUUUCAAACAGCACAAAUCCUUCUUUUAAUACUCAUAAACAUGAAACGAUUAAUACUCCUAUAUAA